CACGUUCUCGGUGCAAACGGCGGCGGCUCUGGGGAGGGAAGAAACAGAUUACUUCCGUCCGGUCCCGCCUUUGCCCACUUCACCUUCCAGAAAGAUAUUCUUCACUGGGCUAGAAAUUACUAGACUGACACCUUAACAAUGCACAGAUACUUUCUUCAGGCCAUCAUCUGGCACUCAAAGCAAGCUUGCAAUGUCCGACCGUGUGCCACACUUGUACUUUCAAUGACAGGUGGGAAAAUGCCUUUCUUUAUCCAACAUCGGGGACAGCGCCUCCACACAUCACGUCCAGUCAUUGUCUCUGAACAGAGGCAGCCAAAUUUGCAGGAAAAUCCACUAUCCACACACCACAAGGGCCUUGAUCAUAGCAAAACACAAGAGUCCAAAACUUUUCCAGAAAAUGACCCGCAACAAGAUGCCUUGACGGACUCAGUUCAGAAAACAUACUUUUCCUCCACAAAACUGAAUCAAGAGGUAGCAAGUGUGGAAACUGAUCCUCUCCAGGACCCUUCAAUAGGCCUUUUUCAACGAUUCAAGAAGACAUUCAAACAGUAUGGGAAAGUCAUGAUUCCAGUACAUCUGGUGACGUCAACUGUAUGGUUUGGUACAUUUUAUUAUGCCGCAAUGAAGGGUAUUAAUGUAAUCCCAUUUUUUGAGUACGUAGGAGCACCCAAGAGUAUAAUAAAUAUUUUGAGUAAUUCUCAGGGUGGAAAUGCACUGACUGCUUAUGCAUUGUACAAGCUUGCCACACCAGCCAGAUACACGGUAACUUUGGGAGGAACAUCGUUUGCAGUUAAGUAUCUCCGCUCCAGAGGUUAUUUGCCAACACCACCUCCAAUGAGAGUUUACAUACAGGAUAGAAUGGAGGAAACCAGAGAGCGGUUUUCAGAAAAGAUGGAGGAAACGAAAGAACUACUUAAUGAGAAAAUACAAGAAACCAAAGACAUGGUGUCCUUCAGGAAAAAGAAAGAAUAAAUACAUGGAAGACAAACUGUUAAAGAUCUCAAAACAUCUGACCACUGCCUUGAAUUGCCACAUCAAGAUACUUUGUGAAGUAACACUCUGUAAACUUUUGGUAUAUGAAUUGCUGAUGAUUUCUUGUGACUGAGUUACCGUUGGAAUGGUUUCCAAAAAAAAUUAGAUAAGUUUGAGUGGAAUAUUUUAAUAAUGUAUGAGGGAUUAAAAAGGUAACAAAAGUGGAUUCAAGAUACAUUUCCUGUAUCCACUGGUAUCAGGAAAGGAAAUUCAGUAGAUUACCAUACUCUGGUUACGAAACAGACUGGUGAAUUUUAGAGCAUUUCACAUGAGUUCAAAACUCUGUAACACCUUUUAAAAGAGGUUCAGCCAUGGAAUGUCUGAAUUAUCUGCUGAAGCAAACCUAUUGUGUGUAUUGUGACAACCUCCUAAUAAAAUCCAAUCACUUCUAAUAUGAAUCCUAUCAAA